ACAAAUAAACACGCCAGUGUAUUCUAUAAAUUCAAGAUGAUUCUUUAACUUAAAUCAUUCAAUAGGUUUAACUUUGUGCAAUCAAGUUUAUGUGAAUGGUAUUUAAUAUAACAACAAUUAAUUUAAGUUUAUUAGUACAAAUAACUUAAAUUAAAAAAUGCAAACAACAUUUAAAGUUUGCAAAUUGUAUUUGCUGUUAUGUCUUGGAUUGUCAACAAAUGCCAGCCCAAUAUUAAAUGGAUUAAAAACAACUUCAUCUGAUUAUCAACAGAGCGAUUCUUCACACCACGAAUCUCUGUUUCCUAUUAACUCAGAUUUUGGAAAUAUGGAAACUAAAUUCAAUUUACAGUCAGGUUCAACAGUUGACCAAAGCUUAAAAAAUACUCCAGGUAUUACCACAACAUACAGAGAUCAAAAUGGAAAUCUUGUGACUCAGGUAAAAAAAGAAACUUAUAAUAAGGAAAACGGCCAAAGCUCUCAUGCAUUUGAAAUCCAAGAGAGUAAACAAAAUCCAAAUGGAUAUUCAAAAAGUUUCAAAAAAGAAUAUUCGUCAUCUAGCGUGAUAGGAUCUCAACCUACAUUUGUUCAAAAACCAUUCAACACAGAAAAAUAUUACAAUAGUGAACAAAUAUUGAAUGGAGAGUCGAGUUCAUACGGGCAAUCUUCCCAAAGUUAUCAAGGACAAUCAAUACCUGCUAAUGUAGGAAACAUGGGAAUUAAAUCAAAUUUUAAAUCUACAGUAGAUCAAAGUUUGACAAAUACACCUGGAGUUACAUCAACGUUUAGAGACCAGAAUGGCAACAUUGUUACUCAAGUAAAAAAAGAAAUUGUUACCAACACUGAUGGUCAAAAUGGUCAUGCAACAGAAUUCGAAGAAACUAAACAAUUUCCAAAUGGGUAUUCAAAAAGUUUCAAAAAAGAAUAUUCAUCAUCUAGUGUAAUUAGUGCUCAUCCAACAUUAAUUAAAGAUACUAAUACUGAGAAAAAUACUUAUUUGCCACAAAAAUUUACACAAGGGGACACAGAAAAAUUCAAUGGUUACAACACAUUUUUUAACAACCAAAAAUAUACAUCAAAUCCAAUCAGCCCAAUUAGUUCUCAAGUAUUUAAUAAUAAAAAACAAUCAGAAACUGCUAUUCCGCUUAAUGGCAACUCAUUUGGUUCAAACACAAAAGAUGAAACUAACUGUGAUGAAAGGUGCAGUACUUCUUUCACAAAUCAAGGAUUCAAACAACAAGCACUUAACUCAAAUUUUUCACCAGUUGGUCAAGUACCAGUUAAUAUGGAUCAUAUUUCCACACAAAAACAACCAAUUGGUCAAAAGUUUGAAAAAAUUGAGUCAUUUUCAACACAAACACAGGAAGAAGUAGGUCAAAAAUCAGUAAACUUACACGGACAUUCAAAUCCAUCUCAAAUAGGACAACAGUCUGUAGACAUUAGCAAUCAAUAUGCACCAAAAAAACCGAUUGGUCAAAAAUUUGAAAAAAUUGAGUCAUUUUCAACACAAACACAGGAAGAAGUUGGUCAACAAUCUGUAGACUUACACGGAUAUUCAAAUCCAUCUCAAAUAGGACAACAGUCUGUAGACAUUAGCAAUCAAUAUGCACCAAAAAAACCGAUUGGUCAAAAAUUUGAAAAAAUUGAGUCAUUUUCAACACAAACACAGGAAGAAGUUGGUCAACAAUCUGUAGACUUACACGGAUAUUCAAAUCCAUCUCAAAUAGGACAACAGUCUGUAGACAUUAGCAAUCAAUAUGCACCAAAAAAACCGAUUGGUCAAAAAUUUGAAAAAAUUGAGUCAUUUUCAACACAAACACAGGAAGAAGUUGGUCAACAAUCUGUAGACUUACACGGAUAUUCAAAUCCAUCUCAAAUAGGACAACAGUCUGUAGACAUUAGCAAUCAAUAUGCACCAAAAAAACCGAUUGGUCAAAAAUUUGAAAAAAUUGAGUCAUUUUCUACACAAACACAAGAAGAAGUAGGUCAACAAUCAGUAGACUUACACGGAUAUUCAAAUCCAUCUCAAAUAGGACAACAGUCUGUAGUCAUUAGCAAUCAAUAUGCUCCGAAAAAAAAACCGAUUGGUCAAAAAUUUGAAAAAAUUGAGUCAUUUUCUACACAAACACAAGAAGAAGUAGGUCAACAAUCAGUAGACUUACACGGAUAUUCAAAUCCAUCUCAAAUAGGACAACAGUCUGUAGACAUUAGCAAUUUAUAUGCACCAAAUAAACCAAUUGGUCAACAAUUUGAGAAAAUUGAAUCAUCUUAUCAAAAUAAACAAGAUUUGGUAGGACAACAGACAGUGAACUUUAAUGUAAAUGACAAAUCAAGUCAACAAUAUGGGACAGGUCAACAAAUUUUCUCGCAACCGAUUUCAGGACAACAAAUUCAAGGAUCAGAGUUUUUCAAAUCAAAUUAUGGUGGAACAUCACAAUUAUUGGAUUUAGGAGUACUUAGAGAACAACCCACAGAAUAUAUAAGAGCACCUGGUCAACAAAAUAUGAAUAGUAAUAAAUAUGUUGGUCAGCAAAGUAUAGGAGUGUUUGAAAGUCAAAGCACAAUAGAAAAAAAUAUUAAUUUAAGUAGUGCAGAUCAGUUACAAACUGACGUUGAUGGUUAUCAAGGAAAUGUGCAUUCUAAUAAUUACCAAACGCAUCAUGAUCACUCAAUGAAAAAUCCAGCAUUUAAAGGACAACAAACUAUUGACUAUACAAGUGAUUUUGAAGGACACAAACCAACAUACCAAAAACAAUAUGGGAAUAUAGACUUUCAAUCAUCAAAAUUGUCGUCACAAACUGGACAAUUAUCAACAGGUAAUAAUGAACCUAUUAAUUCUAAAUACAAUAGUGUCUUUGAUAAAUUAGGUCAAUUGGAGCAUGAAAUUCUUGGUGCAAAAAGCACAGUGAACAUAAACAAAGGCAAUGUUCAAACAGCUUAUUCAACUAACCAUAAUGUAAAAAGCAUGCCUGUGCAAACAAGUCAACAAGAGUCCCACUUUUCAAAAACCAUAAAUGAAAACACACAAUAUAUAGAACCAGAAUCUGAAAUAGCCUUUUCUAAAUCAUUAAAAACAGAUUCAAAAUUAGUCGUACAACAAGAUACAAUUGAAAAUCAGACUUCAAAUAAUGAUCAUUUCUUAGAAAAUCCAUCUACACCAUCUUCAGUUUGGAGAAAAAUUGGAGAUAAGUUUAAAGGUACCAUUGAAAAUGCAAAGAACAAAGCCCAACAGUUAGCAUCUAAUAUUAAUGAUAAAGUAGGCUUUUCAAGUAUAACUGGAAACCCGUGUUAAACAUUAUUCCUUUUUGUUUAAAAUA